GGUGCGAUGAAACUUCUAUCGUCUUUUCUGCUUCUGUAGAUUAUGCAACCUUCUAUGGUGUUGGGCGUCAUUUUUUCCCCGCUGGUUAACAACCUCCUUUGUCCAUUUUCAUUGUAUUUGUCCCUAGUCCCUCCCCUGAUUUUGAUAAGUGCUUGACAAAUAGAGGAUGUACACUCGGCUGAAAAAGUUUCGUCUUCACGAUUACACAAUGCUUCGUGUGAAAUUAAAAACGUCCCUGCAUCUGGAAUAUCUUUCGCUUUUCACGUCGUUAGAAAACUGGUUUAACGUUUUAAAUAAUUUUCUCACCUGUGUUUAUUCACGUAUAUAGAUUUCAAUCUUUGCAUAUUAGGUUAUGUUGUGUUCUGUCGCCCACUAAAUUCUAUGCGGGAGUCGUGUAUAACUAUAUAUAUAUAUAUAUAUGUAUUCAGUAACGCAACUACACACGUACGUGCGUCCCUGAGAUCUCCAUGUGAUCAGUUAAAUGCCCAGUGUGUGGCGUAAAUGAGAACUGUAUUGUAAAAAGAAAGAAAAAAAAUGUUAAUUACGAGCAUCCAAGAAAUUUGCACAUUUCGCGUUACACAGUCUCGAAUAUCGCGUAAGUAUCACGUAUUGCAUUUUACGUUAUUCGAAAACUUGGCACCAGUUACUCGUUACAUGGAUGUACAGAAAAAAAUAACCGAGCAAUUCUAAGUGAUUCGAAUCUCGUGUUUCUUGCAUUAUUAACACGAGUAAUUCAGUUCCGUGAAUAAUAAUUAGGAAAAUUUUCGUCGGACUCUGUAAUAGGUUAAUAUUCAUUUUGGUUGUUAGUAAAUUAAUCCGCAACUUUCCAAAACUGCAUCGUUAUUCUCAAUAACUUUUACAACCUUCUGUCUACAAAUUCCACUCAACGAUUAGUUAGAAAUUGUCGAUAUCAUUUGUAUUCUUGGCAAUUGACGUAUUUAUUCGACACAUAGAUAAUAUGUUAUACGAUACAUAUUGUACAUCAAUUGCCGUCCAAAACUCACUCGUCGUUGAUGAGGAAACAAAAGUAAAAGAAAUAAAUAUUUAUAAUAAAAUGAAGACGCAGAUCUCGCAUACCGACUCCAAAGUGACUCAUUGUCAAACGAAACGCAUUGGGGUUUCUAUGCAUAUUGAGAUCUUCGACCAUUUGUAUGCCUGUAAUUUUAAUGUGUACAUAUCCUUAAUAAAUUUGUGAAUGUAAAGGGUUACGCCUUAUUGUACCAUCCGGUAUGUAAGGUAUACGUAUUAUAUGUAUAUAAAUACAAAUUAAAACGUUGUAAUGCCAAAUAUUCUUCAAAUAGUUACUUGAGGGAGGUUUACACAAUUUAGUCGUACAUUGCUCGUUAGAAUAAUUGUGGUUUUGCCUGAGUUUAAGAUUAUAUCAUAAAUGUAUAGCAUAACACCGCACUACCUGACAAUAAAAUAAAUCCUCAAUGCUAAUUAGUGCGAUUAGUACGAAAUAUACUGCACCGAAAAAUUCGUAAAUAUACCCUGAAAAGUUUUAUCGCUGUCAAGGAAUGUGCAUUAGUCGAUGUUCGUUUUCCUUUUUUUUUUUUUUUUUCUUCUUCUAAAUUUCGUUCAUUUUAUUUUUUUCAUUCUUGCAUUCGAAUAAUGUACACCUAUCUAGAUGUCUGGGAUUGCCAUGAGUCAUGAGUUGUUGGAACACAGCACAUUGUGGCCAUAAGUGCGGCAGGCAGGCUACGGGUGAAGCAUUACCACCUACUAUGUAGGUAGGAUUAUAGAUAUAAGAUAGCGAAAGAAGAUGUGGUAGUCGCAGUACCAUAUCUCCCGUUGUUUUUUCCUUACUUUGUUCUUCCCGGUAUAUAGGAAAUUAAUCCGAGUAACGAAAAACCCGUUGAAUAUUAUCAAUUCCGCGUGUACCGUUACGGAAAACCUUUUGCCUUCGAGAAAUUUUCGAAGGCGGUACACACGUACGGUACGUGCACACGCACAUAGCCCGGUGUGCUAUCUUUUUCUUUCACAUUCCGUCUGCGGCCCCCGUGGCAUCGCAGUAUGCUUUGCCAUCAGCGCUCCCUCGCAUUAGGGCUCUGGGUUGCCGGUUUCCUCCUCCUCCUCCUCCUCUUCUCUCUCGAUCCUUCGCCUUCCCGUUCUCUACUCUUCCUCUUUCUCUCUCCCUUUUUAUUUCUCUCUUCCUUCCCCUUCCUUGCCCAUCCUUCCCUCCCUCUGAGAGCCAGCCAUAUCUCAAAAUGUUAAGCCCCCUGGACGUGGGGUAGGGGCCCGUCUUGGGUCUGCGGACGUCCCUGGUCUACCCUCCCCUCUCGUUCGGCUCUGCAGCCGUAUUUCGUUUCAGUCGGCCGCGCGCUGCCCGUGGGUGCGGGUCUUUGUCCACAUCUGUGUGUUCGUGUCGCGCUUCGAGUGUUUAUUAAUGUUGUUUUAUUGUUAAUUAUUUUUUUUUUUUUUCAUUUGACCUUCAACAUCAUGGCGCAGACUCGGGAUCGCUUCGGUUUACGGUUUGGCCAUACUGACCGAGUCGUAUAUCAGAUCUCAGCCAAACUACAACUUAAAGUUGAGAUAGACGCGAAGUCGUAGCCUCCGAGGUACCGAGCAAAUGAACGGCCCUGGAAAUCACCAGCACCGCAGUUUGGGCAUGCCGGGGCGCUACCGGGGUGGAGUAGGGGGUGGGGUCCCCCCGGGGGGCCAUUCUCGGGGGUCCGCGCCCCACAACCGGGGCUGGCACAAUCACAACCAGCACCCACAGCACGCUCACAAUCAGCUUAAUCAGCAAUACAAGGAAUAUCCCCACCGGCAUCUCCAACAGCCGCGCUUCCAUAAUGGAGAUUGUCCAGGGGUAGGCACGUCGUCGGGUCCGACUGGAAAAGAAGUUUCUUAUCACGGUGCAGUUGGAGGACCAAGUGUUGGCUACAAGCCACCUUCUCAGCACAGUCCACAAAUAAGAGGUCCACUACCCUUAUUUCCACAAGAGCCCGCGGGGCCUGCGACUAAUUCACCUCCUCUGCAUAUUAAUAUUUGUGGUCAGGAAAAUGCUAUGCGAGAUCCUCUCAAUUUGAGCCCAGGUCGGGGAGGCAGUGGCAUUGAUAUGGAAUAUCGCAGAAAUUCACAAGCUACCAAUCAGAUGCCUUUGAAUCCGGUCCAACUGCAGCCUUCCCCAACAUAUUAUAGACAAACCAGUCAGGAUGAUGGCAGAAAGAGUGAAUCUCCAUCAAGAAAACGUCGCAGAAUAUCCCGAAAUGGCACAGUAUCUGGAAUAGAAGUUCGAGAAACUACGCCACCAGCUCCUACACCACCUCUUCAUACUCCCCCUGGAUCGUGGGAACUACCAGGUGCAGCGCAGCGCAGAUCACCAAGAAAUCAUAUGUCUACACGCGGUAGCCCUCCAAUCAGAAAUCGUUACCAACGCUAUCCUGACUCCUUCGUUAUGUCCUAUCCUUUCCCUCACAAUCCAGGAAUCCAUAAUUCUCACCACAGCAUACAUAAUGCUCAUCAUACUAUUCACAAUACCCAUGAUAAUAUUCAAAAUUCACAUCAUAAUAUCCAUAACACACACCAUAAUAUCCACAACACACAUCAAACUCAUCCACAUCAUCCUGCUGGCACCGCUCACCACCCUGGUCAAGGAGCAACAGGUCCAAUGGUUGUCGAGGUGGGACAAGUUGGAGUUUCUGGACUCGGAGUCGCAGUUGGCGGAGAACCAAUAUGGCACCCACAGGCAACUGGAUACAGAAUUCCUUGCCAGCUCCAUGAAAUUUACACAACAACUGGUGCUCAUGCAUUUGCUCACACGUGCCAGGUGGCACACCAUCAUCAUCACCACAGCCACUAUUCCGCGGCUCAUCCAGGGCACCCUGGUCAUCCAAGCCAUGGCCUGGUUGGUUCUGUUGUUGGAACUGCUCCAAGGGGAUAUCCGCCACCUGCUGGUGGUCCGGUGGCUGCACUACAUCAUCCUCAUCCGCCUCCACCACCUGUCCACACAACUCACUAUGCUACCCAUCAUCAGUUAUCACAACAGCGUGAAGUGGAAUUGGAGUUGAUAGAGUCUCACCAUCAUCACCGCGUCGGUGGAACUGGUGGACCACCUUUACCUUUGCCACAUUCAUUCUCACCACCGGCUUUAGCUCAAGUCACGACACCUCCACCUAUAUUUUUAUCUGAGGCCCGAGGCAGUCAAUUAGAAAUGCUUCAGUCCAGGACACGACGACCCGCUGCCAAUGUGAGACGACAGAGGCCUACUAGAUGGCGUCCUUGGCAUACACCACCCCUACCACCAGGACCUUAUCCUGGUUUAUUGUUACAUUUCUUAGCAAUGUUCAGCAAUCCACCUUUGUCCCCAUAUAGUCAGACUGAAUUAUCUUCGCCGGAGUCUACAGAGACUGAAAAUUAUGAAGCGUUAUUAUCAUUGGCUGAGAGACUGGGUGAGGCUAAGCCUCGGGGUCUGACUCGAGCAGAAGUAGAGCAACUGCCGUCGUACAAAUUCAAUGCAGAAACUCAUCAGGGUGAUCAAACCAAUUGUGUUGUCUGUAUGUGUGACUUCGAGGCUUUGCAAUCACUGCGAGUGCUACCCUGCUCACACGAAUUUCAUGCUAAGUGCAUUGACAAGUGGCUCAAGUCGAACAGAACAUGUCCGAUUUGCCGAGGAGAUGCGGGCGAGUAUUUCGGAGGCGGAGGUGGCAACAGUGACUGACGUCCUGAAUCCCAGGCACGCUAGCGCCGCCAUCAGAACACAACAGCCUCACCUGAUCACCCUCCACUGUCGAAUAUUGCAGUGCUGAUUUGCACCAAUCUGUGCUGGUAAGCACAAUGUUUACCUUAAUAUUAUUCAGUUAUUAUCAAUAGAAUUAUUCUUAUAGCAAUAGAUAUUUUUCAUCUAACUGUUGUUGCCACAAGAGAAAUACUUAUAUUCAAAUUGCAAUGAUCUAAUGAAAAUUUGAAAAUACACUUUGAGCAUUGUAAAUUAAAAAGUUCAUAGAUAUAUAUUAAAUUUGAUCGACGUGAUUUGUCAAGGGGCUUCGAUUGCACGACACUUUACCAAAACUUUAUUAAUCGAAUCCACACCAUUUCGCCAUGCUAUCCUAGGCAUGCCCACCUGUGUAUUGCAAUUCUACUGUAUCUAAGAAACGUAUUAAAAGCGAUCCGGUUAUACUGGCUUAUUUAAUGUAUAUUUUUUUCAAAUUUUCACGAGUCGCGUUAUAGGAUUUCGCUAAAUCUCUUAUAAGCAAAUGUUUCGUUCGAAUAUCUGUAUAAUUUAAAUCUCUAUGUCUUGCUGUUUUGAUGAGACAUUUCUACUGUACACUAAUAAAUUAGACCGUAUCCAGUUUUGCCAGCACGGUAUUUACUACGCGAUAAAACUAACUGGAUACGGAGAUGAUGGAACAUCCCAAGGAAAAUAUGUCUCCAAAAUAUGUAAGUGAACCAUAUAUUCCGCGUACGUAAUAUAAUGAAAAUUCUAAUCAAGUUUACGGUAAUUUUUUAAUGUUUACAAUGCUUGUAAGUGAGUUUUUAAAGAUAUUUACAAUGGCUUAGUAAUCAUCUACCUAUAAAUCGAUCAGGUAUGUUAUUCAAUUUCGGAACCGAACUUGGAGCCAAAGCUGACUAGAAAAGUAUGCAUAGUUGAUGGAUUUUUGUUCGUUUUUUUUAUGGGAUUUGAAAAUGAUUAUAUUCUGCAGAUGUCUUUAUUUGUUUAUUGGGCAUUUUCUCAAGGGCGAUAAUUUGAUGACAAAACAGUUAUUUAUAAUAAUUUAAAUUUGCAAUUAACGUGGAUUAAGUUAUUGUUUAAUCUAACGUUGUUUAUUUACAUACAUAUAUAUUGCUUUCCAUUAAUUGCUUAAAUUUUUAAGUACAAUCGUUCAAUAUAAUUAUAGUUUGUACCACUGAUCAGUGGUUUGUACAUAUUAAGUGUUGGUUUCGACUUUUAACCAAAUGUAGGUUCUAAGUUUUGCAAUAAAAGCUACUAUUAUUAUUAUAUGAAGUCAUUGGCUUUUGGUGUUUAAGUAGCUAUGGGGGUGAAUUUAUUCAAUGCAGAUUUUCUAAGUAAUUAUUAUCUAGUUUGGACAUUCAAAGUAUCAUUUAAUGUGGCCAACACAACGGUUGACCAUUACCGAGAAAAUCCCUCGUCAAAAAAAGUUUUAUUAAAAUAUCAAAAGAUCAGGCAGGUUCUCGUUUAUACUCCAGCAAGACUCAUGCAACCUACAGGAGUCGACGAAUACCAUCAAAGCUCCCAGUUAAAAGGAAUUUGAUUUUCAAGAAUGAACGUGAGCAAACAAGUGAAAAAUGAACUUAGGAUUCAAAAAUACAUUAUUGGUUGGACACUUGUACCCAUCAUAUAUUUGGCAAUGAAUGUUGUAAACAGAACAUUUCAUGAAUUCGAAAUACCUAAUUUAUUUGAAAUUUCCUAAUGGGAUUGAUUUUGACUUUUUAUUGACCUUGUAUUCUGUUAAAGUAGCUCACGAUGGCUAUGUUCAUGGGUUUUGCUGAUUAUAGAAAACUAUCCUGUCAAAAAAGUAUGUAACUUGCAACCAAUAGUCAACUGUAAAAUGUGAAAAUUGAAAAAUCCGCUUCUGUUUCCUGCGUAACUACCUCUGAAGAAUGAAUGGAACAAUUGAUAUUUUUUUAUACACCGAUAAUCAAUAAACUUAUGAUAAAAAGUUAAUUAAAUUGCCAUGUUAAAAAUUCAUUGGUUAAUGAAUUAUUCAGUAAUUAACUUAGAUUAACAACUAAUGCUAAUAUUAGCAUAUGUAGUAAACAGCUAGCAUAGGAAGAAUGGAAUGGUACGAAGAACGUAUUAGAAAUUGGGUGCUUUGCGAUAUAUUUUUUUUCAGGCUUUUGACAUUAUUAUUUAUUAAGUGGUAUUUGAUAAUAGAAUCUUAGGUGCAAAGAAAUAAAAAAAUUCUCAUAACUUGAGGGAAGGCGGAUGUUGCAUAACUUAACUUUGUUUCAUCGGAAAAGAGGCCCAAGAUGUGCUCUUGCUAGUGUUCUUGCUAAACAGAGGCCUAGUCUUGAUAAUCUGAGAUGACGUCGCCUCCUAGCAAACUCUAAGCCAGUGAUGUAAUAUAUUAAUUGAAAUGGUACUCCUCUGCAUAUCCAAGCUUCUAGAUAUAAUUAUUGUAUUGCAUAGGUGACUAAUUUACUUUGUUUUUGUUGAAGCUGAUAUCUUCCAUACGUGUGGUAUGUGGUAGUAGUGAUUCACAUGUAUUAGGAAAUAUUAGUAUUUUUUUUCACUGUCCAUCAUUUGUGGUAAAUUGGCGAAACACAUAUGAAUAUUAGUUAGUAAAAUUUUGAAUUAGUUAUAACUCUAGUAUGAUUGACAAAAAAGUGCUGGAUAUCAUAAAAGUGACAUAGAUAAGUAUUCUAGUAAAAUUUGCAAUGGUUGGUUGGAAUUUAAAUGGUUUCAAAGAAAUGAAAAUUAAUUGAAUUUAUACAGAAACUUGGAAAGUUUUUCCUACUAGAUGUAAUAAUUAAUGAUAUGUUAGUUAGUUACUCGUUAUGUUCACCGGUAACUGGCACAUUUUUUUAUUUAGAUACUUUAAAGCUUCCUCAUAUUUAGUCUUAUAGUACUUGAAAAGCGUGCUUGCUGAAACCAUUCCAUUCAUACCCCUUUUGUCACGUAUGUUGCAACAAAUAGAUUCGAACAGCUGAGUUCGUGUAGCUAGGAAAUUAUUUUUCAUUUGUUAACUGAAGCGUCUUAAGAAAACUGCGCAUAAUAAUUAUAAUGUUGUUAUUAUUAUGAUUAUUAAUGAUUAUGAUAAUGAUAACAACGAUAAAAUAACAAUAGCAAAUAAACUAAUUGUAAUUAAUGUUGUUUGAAAUCGUUAACUUAUAGACAAUAGGUGUUAAAUAUUUGCUUUCCUCAAUUUACUUUAUACAGCAAUUCAUUUUUUUUGUAUUAAAGAAAGGUUGAUUUGUUUUUCUUUUUUAAAUCAUAUAUACAUAUGUAGAUAUACCUACAUUCAUAUUUAGUAAUUGAUUAGCUUUUUAAAUGUCCUUCCAUUUUUCGAUGGCGUGUCCUCACCAUGGUAUCAGGAAGAACUCCUAAAUGAAAACCAUAUGUACGUAACCAGUUAAGCAAAGAGUGGAACAAUAUGUAACCUAGAUGAUUAAAAACAAAACGAGAGAAAAAAAAUAGGGCGAUAUCUGAACAAUAAUCCAUAUAAAAAUUAAAUGUGAAAGAAUUUCAAUAAUUACAGACACUGAUGAUAUUGGAAGUUUAAAAACACAUAUCAUUAAAAACACAUACACCGAAAUUGAAGAGAGAGAACUUGGACGAUAUAUGAUAUCUUGAAUAGUCUUUCUCACUAAAAGAGACAUUUAUACAAUUCAAAUAUUAUCCAGUAAAACUGUGACACAUGCCUGCGGUGGAACUACCUUUGAUUUCAUAGCUAUAUUUUCGAUGAAAUGGUGCCUGCAAAAUUAAAUCAGCUAAGUGAAAAGCGUAGGUCAAGUAAUAUCUACUCGAUGAAGUUGCGCUGACCAUUUUUUUUUAGUUCAAUGCAAAUAAGAAGAAAAAACAAUAGUAAUAAAAAACAAAAUGAAUACAUUUGGUUUUAUUGAUGUAUAUUUAUUUUUGAAUCUAAAUGAAUCAGAAUUUCAAACAAUAUUCACUCAGAAUUAAUCUAUAUUGUUCCAAAUAUGAAGUUUACGAAUAUACUUCAUCCAAAGAAAUUUCUCUCCUUAAUUUCAAAAACCAAUCCAAUAUAUUAUGAAAUGUUUAAAAAAGAAAGAGGGUAUAAAUAAUACAGCAUAUAGAUUUUCCUUACGGUGUGAUAAUUUUUGAUAAUUUUUCUAGUAGUUUAAAUAAAAUUAAAGAUAAAUAUAUAAAUAACUGUAACAGAAAUGAAUUAAAAAAAAACAACAAAAAAACAAAAAAAAAAGUGCAAGUUUAACGUAUAACAAUUGUGAUUAAUGUGUGCAGGACGCCACUGAUUGGUAUAGCGUAGCGGCCAUAUAUUAUAACAGUUUCAUUAGGUUAAUUACUUAUUUUGGUGAUAAUCCAUUCGAACAUACUAAGCUUUUUAACAAUAGUUCAAUCGUCGGUUAAAUCCUACAUUAUUACGAAACUGCCCAAUUAAUGUUUAGUUCUAUAUAAAUAUAUCCAAAUACAAAUAUUAUUUAAUUUUUUUUUUGUGUAAUUAUUAUUAUUAUUAUGGAUGCAUAUAAAUAAUGAAUAUCGAAUAAUAACUGCGCUUUUAAACACAAAAACAUUAAUAUGUAGCUACAGGUAAUCAACGAUUAAAUACCUUCAAAUACAAUUAUAACUGUACAGACGCGAGAUACGAUGCCAAACAUUAUAUUAUUACUGAUUAAUUAUUAUUAAAAACAAAUUACACAAAAAAAAACUUUUUCUCAUUAAUUUUCUGUUGAUCUAUCAUUUAAUUUAUUACAAAUUACCCCAUCGACCAUAUACAUUAUACAUAUUUUCAACAUUAAUUUAUAUCCAACGCAUAUGUAUUUUACCAAAAAAAAUUUUGUUUUCGAAACUCCGUUGUGUUAAAUCGUGGAAAUAAAUAUGUCGCAACUGUAAAGCUUCGUAUUUAUAAUAAACAGCUUUUAUUACUUGUUUUUCACAUA